AUGCGUCCCAGACGCGGCGGCAGUAGUGGUGGUAAUGGUGGUGCGUGGCACGACCCAAUCACGGUCGCCUCCCGAGAGUACGGCGGCAGAUCAUCGCGUCAUUAUCGAUCCUCUUCGCCAUCGAAGAAUAGAUAUAAAAAAUGGAUUUCCAAAUUCGCUCACGUUUCCAAUGUAUUCACGAACGAGAAGAAGCGGCUUCCGAGAUGGAUAAUCGCGAUGAUGAUGAUCACGAUUAUACUCUUAACCACGCGGCGCAGUUCUCAAAGUUCUUUCUCGAUGAUAAAAGAAGACUCUUCCAUCGUCGAGAAAGAGAGCACCAUCAAAGGUGUCAAACUGUCUUUUUUCCAACAAGAAGGAUCGAGCGAACGAGAGAAAAAACGAGACCAAAAUCUGUGCUUCUUUCUGGACGAGAAAAUCGCUAAUACGAAACAUCCACUCUCGCACAAAGUUGCCAGUUUACUGCGUUCGUUUCUCUCAUCGAACAGAAAGGAGGAAGAGUACGAUUUUUGGCGAGUGACGGCGAUCGUCUCGGUCGGUUCGGGACGCGAGAACAACUUUAAUCCAGACGCGUUUCAAAGAGCGAUGUUCGCGCCGAGCAACGCGGCGAUGGGAAGUCGAGAACCGUUGAGGAGAGGGAAGGAUGUUUUAGUCACGGAAGUGCUCAGGAGUAGUUCUAUAGAUGGUAGCGAAGAGGUGAAAAGGUCGCACGCGGCUUUUUUGCGUUUGAGCGAUACGUUUCACGAUCGAAAGUGCGACGUAGGGCAUUUUUUUAAUCCGACGUUGGCGCAUUUUAGCGCGUUGGCGAGACGCGAGAGAGUGGCGUUGAAAGAUGUACCGAUUGUUGCGCACAGGAUUAUCGCGUCUCAAACGGAUUUGAAUGGCAUGAAUAAAGCCUUUAGCAGCAGCGAUAGUAGCAGUAGUAGCAGUAGUAGUAGUAGUAGAAACAUGUUAGAAAGCGAACACAUGGACGCCGUCGUAUCCGCGACCGCCGAUGUGCUCAUUUUUGACGAUGAAAAUUUAGCAACAUUUGAAGCGCGGAGAAGGAAAAACGGGUUAGGUGGUGACUUUGCGUUUCCAAAAGGAUUAUUAGCUCGAGGGAUUGGUGGUAACGCGAUAGACGGACUCCAAUCGAAACAGUUCGAGACGGCGAGAUCUUUGGUUCUGAGGUUGCCGAGCUCUCCGGAAUCGAGGCUAACGAGAUCGAAACUGGAAAAGAUGGAAGGCGAGGAUGUCAAUAAUGAUAACACCAACCCACUGACGAGAAAAAAAGUGAAGUCGUUCGCGUAUUGGGGAGACUUCGACGAAGGCGAAGGUUUGACGUCUUUUUUGGACGUGCUCGAUCGCGUGUUGGAGAAACGCAAAACGAGCGUCGUCGCGCCUGUCGGCGCGAAUGCGGUGGAACCGCUCGAGGUUGAAUUUCGAGGCGAAAACUCCGUAUACGAUUUGGACGAUAUCACCGUGCACGGUCAUGUGGGUGAUAAAAAGAAAGGUACCGAACGCAUCGCGUCUUUUCUGGCGGGAUUUGGAAGCGAGGACAUUGUAGGGAAUCUGAUUGAUACCUCGGCGAUUAAAGAAUACGAGGACGAACAUUUUUACAGCAAAACGCUCGAACACUAUGCAAACGACGACACGUCGGUAAAAUCGAGUAAAGACGUCGCGAAAAGUAGUGGCGCAAUUGUCGUCAUCUUCCCACCGGCGCAAAACUCGACGUUUUACUUUGCGAGAGAAAGUUUGAAAAUUGCCGAACUCGUCGCCGCGAAUGCGCCGUUUUUAGCCUCGAACGCGGCGUUAGAUCGCGCAAAGAUUUUUGACGACACCAUUCGUUCGCGCGUUUCUUACGGGGACGAUACGGCUCACGAUUGCGUGGAAACAAUGUUACGCGUGUUUGAUCGUCGCGUCGGCGAAGGCGGUGGCGUCUAUCGCCCGGAUGCGUCGAGUAAGACACCGUUUGCGAAAUCGUACGACGAUAUCAUCGAGAUGAAAUGGGUUGGAUUGCACAGAGCGAUAAAACGAAAGAAAGGUGCUUUAUUACCGAUCCCGCCGGCUUCAAGACACCCGUCGCCUCGAGUCACCGUCGUUGUCGUACACAAAGAUAGACCGAAAUUUUUGAUCGACGCCGUCGCCUCGCAUUUGGCGCAAGACUACGAUAAAAUGGAUUUGAUUGUGGUCGAUAACGGCUCGAGGAAAACGCCAGAGACCACUGAAAUGCUAAAUACCAUCGAAAAUCUUCUCGCCAGUAGAGAAAAGUCCUCGGAUACGAACCCGCACAGGAACAUGUACAAGUUAGUCCGUCUCGGCCCAAUCGCCGCGUCGCUUUCCGGAGCCAGGAAUGUUGGCUUGAAAAAUGCUCGAGGCGAAUACGUUUUGUUUGCCGACGACGACAACUUAGCGAGCACUUCUCAAGUUUCAACGCUCGUCACGGCUAUCCUCGCCUCCGAGGCAGAUGCUGUCGCGCCCGGAAACGCCUAUUUCGUUGGAACAAGCGAACUUGAUUUGAAAAAGCCGGCGUUAGGUGGUAAUCAAUUCGAUCUCGGCGGUUGGAUACCUCUUGGGGCAUCCACCUCGCUGGGCGUUUACGAAGAUUGUUUCGGCGACGCCAACGCACUCUUUCGCAGAAAGGCGUUAGAGUCUGUCGGCGGGUGGGACGAUAUUCCCGGUAACGACGCCGCCGGCGAAGAUUGGUCGCUCUUCGCCAAACUCGCUAUGCGUGCAAAAGACGCUUCGCAUAAUCAAAAUCGAGGUGUUACUGUCGUACCGCUCCCGACGUUCUUCUACCGAAUCGACUCGGUCGGUUCUUUAGCCAAAAAGAGUCGACGCUUCGAUUACCGCGCCAGAACGUUACUUCCCUACGAAACGAACGAAAUUAUUGAAAGCGUUGGGUUAGGUGGCGUUUUGAAAUACGCAAGGUAUGAUAGAAAAGCGUUCGAAGAUGCUCGAGCGAUGCAUAAGAAAGAGACGGAUCGUCUUAGUUUAAAAGUCCACGCGAUAUCGAGAUUAUUGUGCGCUCGAUUGAACAACGAAAACGAUGAGAGUACAAAUGGGAAUAACAACAAAAUAAUCAACGGAGGAUUCGAAACGGAAACGGGUGGAUACGUAGACGCAUGGCUAGGCUUCGAGAAAGGAUUCGAUUGGCGCAACCCGAACAACAUCAAGAACAGGUUAACGAGACACAACUUAGGGGACACGUACGACGACGAAAGCAGCAGCGGCGACGAUUCGAGCACGCACGGCGCUUUGGUUUUGAGGAACCCUGGAUUUGGCGAAUCGCGAGGCGCGAGGCAAGUCAUCGAGUUCUCCUCCUUAUCCUCCAACGAUGCGAAAGUCGCGACGCCGAUAUACGUCUCCGCCAAGAGCAAAGCAAUUUUUGACGAAGCCUCAAAGUUUCAUCGUUUGGAUCCGUUCAACUACCCGAAACCAAAAGUUUCCUCGUACGGCGUCUACAUCGACCUCGAACACACCGACGGCACGUCCACGUACGGAUACACUCUUGGUUUCUCGGCUUUGAAAAUGUGGACCAAGCGCGUCGGCAUAAUCUCGCCCCGCAAACCAGUACAAAAAGCCAACGUGUACGUGCUUUACCGAGACCGAAAAGGGAAAGUUUUGUUCGACGACAUCGUGGUGAAGGAGUUGGUUGGAAAGAACGACAUUUGCGAAGGCGACCACGACGCGCUCUUUGAAAACGUGGAAUGGCUAGAGCCCGAUAGUAGCGGAGAUGAUGAUGAUACUAGUACCAAUAGUAUUAAUAGUAAUAAAUAG